AUGUACCCCCAUAUAUAUCACACUUUUCUCUCUUUCUAUCUCUGUCUAUCUGUUUACCUGUCUUUCUCUCUCUCUCACAUACACACACACACAGACACAUACAGAGACACUCUCUCUCUCUCUCUCUCUCUCUCUCUCUCUCUCUCUCUCUCUGUAUAUAUCUUCUUGUAUCUAUCUAUCUCAUUUAGGGUAAACUGCUAUCAAAUUCCCUGUUCGAUUCCCAGUCAUGCAUUGCAGUGUCGAGUGACUCUCUCUCUCUCCUCUCUUUCUCUCUCUCUUCUUUCUCUCUCUCCUUCUUCUUUCUCUCCUUCUCCUCUCUCUCUCCCUCUUCUUUCUCUCCCUCUACUCUCUCUCCCCCUCUUCUCUCUCUCUCUUCUUUCUCUCCCUCCCCUCUCCUCUCUCUCCCUCUUCUCUUUCUCUCUCCCUCUUCUUUCUCUCCCUCUCCUCUCUCUCCCGCUCUUCUUUCUAUCCGCUCCUCUUUCUCUCCCCUCUUCUCGUUCUCUCUCCCUCUUCUUUCUCUCCCUCUUCUUUCUCUCCCUCCCUCUCUCUCCCUCUUCUUUCUCUCCUUCUCCUCUCUCUCUCCCUCUUCUUUCUCUCCCUCCUCUCUCUCCCGCUCUUCUUUCUCUCCCAUUCCUCUUUCUCUCCCCCUCUUCUCUUUCUCUCUCUCUUCUUUCUCUUCGUCUCCUCUCUCUCUUGCUCUUCUUUCUCUCCCUCUCCUCUCUCUCUCCCUCUUCUCCCUCUCUCCCUCUUCUUUCUCUCCGUCUCCUCUCUCUUUCCCUCCCUCUUCUCUCUCCCCCUCUUCUCUCUCUCUCUCUCUCUCCCUCUCCUUUCUCUCCGUCUCAUCUCUCUCUCCCUCCCUCCCUCUUCUUUCUCUCACUCUCCUCUCUCUCUCACACUCUUCUCUCUCUGACGCCUAAGAAUCUACUGGUUGGACGCCUUUUCCCGAACGCGUUCCCGAGUUCGCUUAGUCUGUCCGACUUUGUGACUUGCGGUCCGCCCGUCCUUGGGGGCCACUUGAGUUCACUUUCUUGUUUGUCUAACUUUGUGAAAUUCUAUUUCACCGUCACGUGUGUCCUCAGUCCGCGAUGCGCGCAACUGGCUUACCGCCGACCGUCUCCGGACGGGCGCGCCGAAGCACGUACCAGAGUUCACUUGGUCUGUCUGACUUUUGACUUGCCGUCCGCCCGUACGUGGGACCACUGGCAACAACGGAUUGUCGCGGAAAACUGUUUUUCAAUCUUUACUCUUCAUUUUCCUUUCUUCUUUGUAUUCGUUUUCUUGUUGACUGGCUCUUUGAAUUUACCUCCACCUUUAAAUGAUCAGUUAUUUCCCCUUUCUCACGCACUCUUUAUUUUUCUACAUUCUAAAAGAUAUUUUUUACACGGUUUCUUCAUUUCUAAAUCCCCGUUUAUAUUUUCUCUUUCUACAUCGAUCUUUAACUUUUCAAGAAACCCUCUUUCCAUUACUUUCUCUCUCUCUCUCUCUCUCUCUCUCUCUCUCUCUCUCUCUCUCUCUCUCUUUCUCUAUUUCAAUUACAUAUAG